AUGUCAUACUCGGAUCACUUCUCUAUCGCUAAUCUGCCGUAUGGCAUCGCAAGCACGACGACUGGUGCCCACCGGGAGAGCGCAGUGGUCACUCGGCUUGAAGACAAAGUAGUAUUUCUGGCCGAUCUCACGCUGGAUGUGUCGGACCAGGCCGCCGCAGCGUUUUCUCAGCCUACGCUCAACAGCCUAGCUGCCCUCAGCAAAUCCGAGCUGCAACAGAUCAGGGAAAAGCUGCGAUCGGCCCUCUCGGACUCGUCGGUGGUUGAGAAGCACGGAUUCAAACUGGAGGAUGUCGUGCUCCACCUGCCCAUCGCCGUGGCCGGCUUCACAGACUUCUCCUGCUCCAAGGAGCACGUGCUGAACGCGGGAGAGGCUGUCUUUGGCAAACGCAAUCUCCCCCCUGGCUUUCUGCACUAUCCAGUUGGCUAUGCGGGCACUUCAUCGACUGUGGUGGUGUCUGGCACGCCGGUGCAGAGACCCAACGGCGUCUAUCGCGCCGGUGAAACCAUCGAAUAUGGUGCGAGCAGGGCCAUGGAUUAUGAGCUGGAGUUUGCUGCCAUCAUUGGAAAGCCGACGAAAAUGGGCGACAGCGUGAAGCUGGAGGACGCCGAUGACCACAUAUUCGGUCUAGUCUUACUGAACGACUGGAGUGCCCGAGAUAUCCAAGGCCUUGAGAUGGUUCCUCUCGGCCCCAUGAACGGAAAGAGCUUCGCAACUUCGAUAUCUCCCUGGGUGGUGACUCUGGACGCUUUGGAGCCAUUUGCUACGAAAGCUCCGGCCAAGGAAUAUCCCGUUUCGGUGUUCCUACACGAGAAGAAAGAGAACCCGAGCUACGACAUCAAGCUCGAGGCAGAGAUCAUCAGGGACGGGAAGUCAACCAAGAUCUGCACGGCAAACGUGUCCUGGAUGUACUGGACAUUCAGAGAUCUCGUGGUGCAGAAGACCAUCAAUGGCUGCAACUUGAAUACGGGAGAUAUACUGGCCACAGGCACGGUCUCUGGGGUUGGUGACGAUGAGCACGGCUGCCUCUUGGAGCUGACCAAGGGCGGCAGGGUCGAGAUCACCCUCGCCGACGGGGCAAAGAGCACAUAUCUCCAGGAUGGAGAUGGGAUCAGAAUGACAGCAAACUGCGGCGGUGGGGUUGGGUUUGGCGACUGUACCGGGUUCCUUACGCCGGCGCGGCCGCUCUGA